UGGUGGUUUACCAGCCUGAUUUUGAUAACUCCGCCUCCUUACUCCUCUCCCAACGGACUUAUCAAAGCAAAACCCAUUUCUCAUUGUCUCUAUAUUUUCCUCAGAUCUAUGUCUCUAUGCCGCGCUCAAGUAAAGCUUUUUCUCUCGUUUUCGUCGUUGCCAAACAGCUGAAAUAAUCGAAAUGCAUUCCAUUUGCUCUCAAGCCACUACAGUUCCUAGAUCAAAUUUCGCCUUCGAUUCUCGUUCUCUUGCUUUAGCUAUCUCCAAGCCGUUCAAUCUCCGUUUCUGCGGAAUCAGAAAGGAAGCCUUCGGGUUCUCCGGCUUGAUUCACUCGUGUUCCAGCCGAGUUCCCUUCUCGUGCCGCGGGCAUUCAAAGAAAAUCUCCGCUUCAGCUGAAAACAACGGAACUCCGCCGAAAUCAUUCGAUUAUGAUUUGAUUAUCAUUGGCGCCGGCGUCGGUGGCCAUGGAGCUGCGUUGCAUGCCGUUGAGAAGGGUUUGAAAAUUGCUAUCAUCGAAGGAGAUGUGGUGGGAGGAACGUGUGUGAACAGAAGUUGCGUUCCUUCAAAAGCUCUCUUGGCUGUGAGUGGUAAGAUGCGUGAACUUCAGAGCGAUCAUCACAUGAAGGCUUUGGGUUUGCAGGUUUCUGCUGCUGGAUAUGACAGACAGGGAGUUGCUGACCAUGCAAAUAACCUUGAUUCGAAAAUUCGAAGCAAUUUGACUAACUCAAUGAAGUCACUAGGAGUCGACAUAUUGACUGGUGUUGGUACUGUUGUGGGUCCACAAAAAGUGAAAUAUGGGAAGAUUGGUUUUCCUGAUAACAUAGUAACUGCAAAAGAUAUAAUCAUUGCCACAGGCUCCGUCCCUUUCGUCCCCAAGGGCAUUGAAGUCGAUGGGAAGACUGUUAUUACUAGUGAUCAUGCCCUGAAGUUGGAGUCUGUUCCUGACUGGAUUGCGAUUGUAGGAAGUGGGUAUAUUGGUCUUGAAUUCAGUGAUGUAUACACUGCACUUGGUAGUGAGGUCACAUUUAUUGAAGCUCUAGAUCAGCUUAUGCCUGGAUUUGAUCCUGAGAUUGGUAAGCUGGCCCAAAGGGUGCUGAUCAACCCUAGGAAAAUUGUCUACCAUACAGGAGUUUUUGCAACGAAGAUCACUCCAGCAAAGGAUGGGAAACCAGUCACUAUUGAGCUCAUUGAUGCCAAGACUAAGGAGCCCAAAGACACCUUAGAGGUAUAUGCAGCUUUAAUUGCAACAGGAAGGGCUCCAUUCACCAACGGUCUCGGCUUGGAGAAUAUUAAUGUAGUAACUCAAAGGGGUUUCAUUCCUGUUGACGAAAGGAUGCAAGUAAUUGACGCAAAUGGCAAUCUGAUUCCUCACUUGUACUGCAUUGGUGAUGCAAACGGUAAAAUGAUGCUUGCUCAUGCGGCAAGUGCACAAGGAAUUUCGGUGGUUGAACAAGUAACUGGAAGAGAUCAUGUGCUUAAUCACCUUAGCAUCCCUGCAGCCUGCUUCACUCACCCCGAAAUAAGUAUGGUUGGGUUGACAGAGUCUCAAGCAAGGGAAAAAGCCGAGAACGAAGGAUUUGAAGUGAGUGUUGCCAAAACAAGUUUCAAGGCUAACACAAAGGCUCUUGCAGAAAAUGAAGGGGAGGGACUUGCUAAGUUGAUAUACAGACCCGACAAUGGUGAGAUUCUCGGAGUUCAUAUAUUCGGCUUGCAUGCAGCAGACCUUAUCCACGAGGCAUCAAAUGCCAUGGCUUUAGGGACACAUAUCCAGGACAUAAAAUUUGCCGUUCACGCACAUCCAACACUUUCCGAAGUUCUUGAUGAACUAUUUAAAUCUGCCAAAGUUAAAGUCACUGCAUUGAAUCAUGCUCCAGUAAGUGAACCGGUCGCGGUCUAAACCCUUAUCGACACUUUAUGAUUAAAAAAGUAAAAGGCAAAAGAGGUAUACAUUUUUGAAGAACUUUACUUGUAUUAGGGAGUAUCAAGAAACAUCUUGGAGGAAUUUUCAUAUAAAUUGAUGAUGGCCGUGCCCGAAGCCUUUCACAAUUUAGUGUCUUCAUUUUCGAAAGCAAUGCAGAUAUAGUUGUGCUCAUAAUUUAUUCCCAUUUUGAAAGUUUGUAUUCCUUGAAUCUUC